AUGCAAUACUUGUCACCUCGAAAUCCCCGAGCUGCUCCCGCAACUAGAUCUGCAUAUUCGCAACUUCAACCUAUACUGACCUACUCUACUCGUACCACUCACCUCUACAACUGCAUACACUUCGACAUUCUCAAGACGACAUCCUAGACCUUGAGCACCCAGAUACAAGAAUUCCUCUAGACAUACCCAAAGCAGGAAAAAAUUGACGAACACCCCCGAAACCCCCCGAACGAAUUCAGGAAGAUGACGCUCUUACCCUCGGCUUUCCAUUUCAAGACACCCUCCCCCUCCAAUUCCACAUCUUCCUCUUCUUCGUCUGCUUCGGGUUCGUCGCUGACUCCACCUCCCGGAACACACCUGAUCAUCUCGGAUACACCUCAAGCCAGCUCGGAUUUCGUGGUGUAUAGCUUGAUAGCGAGUGGGAUUAGGGAGAAGCGACCGGUCACGAUCGUAGACUUCCAAGCCCGGGGAAGACUACACUGGGAAUCGGUCGGGAAGAAGAUCGGCACCCCCUUCCCACCCCCAUCCAAAACAUCUACAUCUACAUCAUCGUUGGUCAACUACCUCGCCCCGGGUCCCCAGACGUUGUUCGACCCGGAGACGGACGAACCUAGUUUGACGGGAUUGUGGGAAGAGCUCGUCGGCGUUGGAAUCGAGAAGACUGGUUCUGGUUCGAUACCGAAGAACGGGGACAGAGAGGACAGCAAGAGUAAAGAAGAGAAGGACAGGUCGAUAGCAAGAACAGGCAAUCAGCGAGAUGGGACAACGACAAUAUCAAAGAACAAAGACAAGGAAGAGAACCGCGGGGGGAUGGGGUUGGAAAAGGGGAUGAUCCUCCUCGUCGGGUUCUCAGAAUUGCUCUAUCAAGGUUUUUCUCCGGAACAUUUGGCUAGGUUCGGGAGGGCGUUAUUGGGAUGGUGUCGACAGACCCAGACGUCCCUAAUAACCACCCUCCACACACCUUUACUCCUAAACGCCUCUUCGCUCGGUGACCACCUCUCCAUCUCACCCACCUUGGACCCAGAGUCGGACCUCCUCUUACGGUUAUUAAGGGCCGGGCAGGAUGGAGGGAUCUGGUGGAGGGUGGAAGAACUGAAGAGCGGGCGUAGUGGGGUCGUCCAUGGGGAGAUAUCCGUCCACCCACUUUCAAGCCGUUCCUCGGCCAUUCAACAACGAAUCCCGUAUACCUCCCCUUUGCAGUACCGGCUGGACGAUAAUGCCGUGAGGGUGUUCCCGAAGGGUACGGGGAAGGGGUAUUUAUAGGUUGUAGGUUGUAAGUUGUAGCUCACGCAUCGGACGCGGUGUCGAAAUCGACGGGGUCGACGGAAGAGCACGGGGAGGCAGUGGCAGGGACGAAGGGACGUACUUGUGUUACACACAUCGACACAACCUUAUAACGAUCCGAUAAAAUCGAUUUGGCCGCCCGGCGCGAUGUGGCCGAAUCACAAUACACCGCAUGCUCCAAGCGGUACACGAUACAUGGAUGGAGAACUAUCGCCCAACAUGCGGUGCCACAACAGUACAGCAUAUUUGCUUUGUACGGUUUCUCUACAGCCCAUACCGCAGGUCAGCGAUAUACAAAGCCCUAGUCUCGUUGUGCCACUUGCAGUCUUGCUUCUGUCCGGU